AUGGCUGUAGUUCGGAUUUCUUCUCCGCGUGGAAGUCACGACAUCUGCCAGGCGCCGCCACUCGCGUCCAACCACCUCCUUGAUGCCUGGAUGACGUCGUCUCCUCGCGCGCCCCGGCCCCUCUCCUCCUUGCUUCCGGUCUUCCUCUUCUCCGCUAUUGGCUCUGGCGAGGGCUCGUCCGGUCCGCUGUCCCGUCUCAUUGGCCAGACCUGUGGCCCCGCCCUGCAAAAGAUGGCGGCCCCGGUCUGCCGCCGGUGGUCGCAACUACUGUGGACCACUGGGCGGAAGGAAGCCCGGACCAGCUCCGCCGGCGGCGGCGGCUCCUCGGCCGGAAAGAACAAGUCAAGCGACGGCUCAUCCCGGGACUCACGCACGGCGCUGUACGACUUGCUGGACGUCCCGGUCACGGCCACGCAGGCGCAAAUCAAGGCGGCCUACUACCGGCAAAGUUUCCUCUAUCACCCGGACCGCAACGCAGGUAGCCCGGCGGCAGCAGAGCGUUUCACGCGCAUCGGCCAGGCCUACAUGGUUCUGAGUAGCGCCCCGCUGCGCCGCCAGUACGACCGCGGCCUGCUGGGCGCCGAGCACGUGCACGCCGUUGCGCGCGCGCCCACGCGACCUCCCAGGCCCGCGUCCCCACGUGCCGCCUCUGCCACUGGCUCCCAGCGCGCGCGCCCAAUGCCUGGGGGCCAGCACAUGUUCGACUUCGACGCCUUCUACCGCGCUCACUAUGGGGAGCAGCUAGAGCGGGAGCAGCGCCAGCGGGCCCGUCGUGAAGCCAUGCGCAAAAAACAGGAGGAACAGGCCAGCUCAGGCCCACCCUGGGACGAAAACAUACUGGUGGGCCUGCUGUUGGUGGUGGGCUUACUAGCCUUUGUGCACUUUAAGUAGCCGAGAGCCUGGCCCAGGCCCUGACCUUGACCUUGAUCCCCCUUGGGAGGGAGGGGAAGGAGGGGGAUGGCAGGGACAGACCGAGAAGCCCUCCAGGUGCGGGGCAGCCUGCCUGUGGGCACUUUGGAGCCCUGCCUUCCCUCCAUGUGCCUGCCUCCCUCUUGUCCCCAGUCGUCAUCUCUGCACAGUGUCACCCAAGGGAAAAGCCAAAUGAACCACAUCUGAUAAAUCCAAGGGCCUUUGUCAUUGUUAUCCGUCUGGAGAACCCUGGGGAAGCAGGGAAGGGUCAGAUGUUCUGAGAAGAUGGUAAAAUGGGUCAGGUGGGACUUGUGGGGAGGUCAAACCUUACCUCUAAAAUCUGGCUCCUUGGAGACCCUGAGCCGCUCACCUGUACCUUUCCCUCCCCUGGAAAAUGGGGCAGAUGAACUCAGUGACCUCUAAAGCCCCUGUGAAAUAUACUGGCUUCCUCACUGGUAUCUCCCCUGCCUCCCGUCCCGGUUUUCUGGGUGGCCCAGUGGCUUGGCACAAAGGACUUAAACACGUCUCCUCUGAACAGUGCCUCAAUGAAAGCAGAUUGCCAAACUAGAUGACCUCUUAAAGUUCUGUUUCAGAGAUCUGUGGGAUUCAAAGCAGGGCUUUUAUUGAAGUGGAUGGUGCCAAUGGAAUCAACUUUGCCUUUUCUCCACACCAGUUUAACAUAAUAAAAAAGUAUUCCUGAGUACAGACUAUAUUACUCACCAGUUGACUAUACAUAUAGUUAAUGCUGUGCAGUCUGUCCUCGAUGCUGGAGAAAUGAUGCAAAACUCAGGUCCCAUGAGAAGGCGGAGGCGUUGUGGGAGAAAGGCCUUUUGGAACAGGGAAAGGAUAUACUGUAUACCACUCCCCCCAUAAAUACCUCCAUGAGAAGUGGCUGCCAAAAUUUAACAAGUCCGUCAAAUGGUGCCUCUAUCCUUGUAAGAUUUUAUGUUGGGGGAAAUGGUGGAGCUAGGUAGCUCAGUGGCUUGAGAGACAGGAGGUUCUGGAUUCAAAUUUAGCCUGGGGCAGCUGGGUCACUAGUGGAUUGAGAACUGGGCCCAGAAAUGGGAGGGCCUGGUUUCAAAUCUGGCCUCAGACACUUCCUAGCUGCAUGACCCUGGGCAAGUCACUUGACCCCCAUUGCUUAGUUUUACUUCUCUUCUGCCUUGGAAUCAAUACAGUGGAAGAUAAGAGUUUUAAAAAAAAAUCUGGCCUCAGACACUUGCUAACACUGUGGCCUCGGCAAGUCACUUGAUCCCCACUGUCUACCACUCAUAUGCCUUGGAAACAAUACAUAGUACUAAUAAUAAGAUGGAAGGUACGGGUUUAUUUUUUUUUUAAUCUGAUGUUUGGGUUUUACCAGAACACAGAAUUCCCACCUUAGAUGUAGCAAAGUUACUGAAUUGGUCAAAGCAGGUGGUAAUGCGGUUCUGUUUAGUAGUAGUAUUUGGUCAUUCACUGGAUAUAAGAGAAGGAGAAGGAAGUCAAAGACACACCAAGGUUUUGGAUGUGGCCAACUGUGAAUGAUGAAUUGUAGAGUAACAAGAAGGAGCAGGUUCAAGGAGAAAGAUGAAACAAGCAGCUCAGGUUGGGAUGUAACAGUUCAGGAUACAAGAAGGCAUUCUGGUGCAGAUGCAGAUGGCCGGGCUGGUGGUUUGGAACUUGGCAAAGGGGAGAGAAAACUUUGGGAGUCAUCUGUUUACAAGUGACGGUUGAACCCAUCCCCAUUACUGAAUAAGAUCACCAAGAGGCAGCCCAGAACAAACCAUUCUUUGGUAGAUCUUGGAAGAGGUGUCAGGAGCCGAGGGAGCUGCUGUUCAAGAUCUCAGAAGCCUAGAGAGGAAAGAGCAUUUGGAAGGAAGUUAUUUGUCCCCUGAUAGAAGCAACUGAGGAAAGCUUUUGCUGGUUUUGCUUAAGCCAACCCAUUCUAGACCUGGUUUGAAGUGUUUAAACACAGCUGAAUUGAAUGGGCUUUGAGGGCUUGGCAGUGUAUGAAGAGAUGUAGUCAGUGCAGAAAAAGCAGGGCUUGUCUGACAAAAACUGGGCCAGGAGAUUAACACUGCCCGUGGCUAAGAAGUUGUCUUUUCCUUUUGUAUCUGGCCAGAGCUUCCAUUUAAAUUCCCCAAACAAGCUUCCUUAGUUUGUCUCAGAGGUGAUCUGGCCCUUUAAAUGUCCCAGUCAGCUCCAAAGGAUGCCUUAUUGAGCUUCUGGCAUCGGCUUUUCUGGGUGACUUUGGAUAAGUCCUUCCUGUGCCAAGUGCCUGUCCCCAGCUGAGGACCAGGCUGUAAACACUGUACAUUUCAGACCUGUGGACUUGAAAAUAAGGCUUAUCUUUUUUUUUUUAACCUUUAUCAUCUGUCUUAAAAUUGAUACUGAAUAUUUGUUCCAUAGUAGAAGAGGGCUAGGCAAUUGGGAUUAAGUGACUUGCCCAAGGUCUCACAGCUAGGAAGAGUCAGAUUUGAACCCAGAGCCUACUGCCUCCAGACCUGGGCUUUCUCUCCUUUGUGUGUUUGUGCUGUGGCAAUAGGAAUGAAAUUCUACCCUGCAGGAACAAGAGCCUAGAGCUUACAGAGAGGAACUACCUGCUCCUUCAACCCUGCUGCCCCACCCUCCCCAGACACCUUGGCUCUCACUCCAGCUGGAUUCUCACCCUGCUGCAGUCUGUAGUAGAGGGCUUCAUAGGGAACUGCACCAAGGGCCCCUCCUGUCAUGUUCACCAUCAGCUGUAACAGCAGUCACUCCUGUUCCUAGGCCAGCUUAAGGUUUAGAAAGCACUUUCCUCACAAGGAUCCCUGGAGUUAGCACAAGGACCAAUUUCCCAGUUUUACGGCUGAAGAAACUCAUUCCAAAGCAGGGAAAAGUUGCCCAAGGAAGUGACAAAUGUCAGAGUCAGAGCUUGAAGACCCAAAGAUUUUCCAGUGCGCUUUCCCACACGUGUUGGGUUUGCUAGAGAAGUCCUAGAACCCAAGUAGGCCCACAGUGCUUCCAGGGCCCAAGGACCCUGUGCUCUCUCUCCAUGCCUUUUCUCUUCUCUUCCUGUGGAUCUAAAAGGCCUUUGCUAAGGCAAGCCAGCCAGGGAUCACCUCAGCUCCUCAAGUGAGGUUCCCUGACGCCUUCCUGUUCCCAUGGAUCCUCUCAGCAGCCUGGAGAAGUCUCCUAAGAAAUUGAGACAGGUGCCUCUUUGUCCCUUUAGCCGCUAAGCAACAAGUAGCUUAGGAAGAAGAACAUAAAACUGGAUCCCCCUAAGAGUGUCCUGAGAUAUAGACUGAUCCCUAGGUUUACUAUCCCACCUCACCCCUUGAAGGGUUUUCUUGGGGGCCAGAUAGAGAGCCAGACCUGCAGUUAGGAGGACCUGGGUUCAAAUUUAGCCUCAGACACUUGUUGGGUGAUCCUGGGCCACUCUUGCCCUUGUCUCUUCUUUUUUUAAAAUUUGAUACAAAAAUAUGGCUUUUUUUAAUAGAUUUGGGGAAAGUAGCAGAGGAGAUAAAGGCUAAGAGAACCAACUCUGACCCUAAGGAGUGACUUUGUGUUGUUACCGUCUUAGUUGAGAUUGCAUUCAAGCCAUCCAAUGAUCCAUAAGCAUUCGCCGAGCGAGCACGUCACUGUAUCCCAGGCAUUGGGGCUACAAAGCCAAAACUUGUACAUACUCUGACCGAGAACUUAUAUUCUCCAGCGUAUAAUACGUAAAGAGUCCAGUAAAUAUGGAGGCAGCUUGGAGAACUGGAAAAGACCUGACGAUGUUUGACCAGAUCAGUGAAGGGAAUGGGGGGUUCUGAGAGGUAGAGGUGGGGCUCAGGAGAGCACACUAGUUAUGGGGCUUAGCCUGGGCAAAAGUACAGAGGUGGGAGGUGUUACGUUUUGGGACCAGCAAGUGGAUUAAUGUGACUGGAGGGUAGAGUGGGUGAGAGAGGAGGACUAGGUGAUGAGCCUGGAAAAGAUCUGCCCAAGCCAGACUAUAAAGGACUUUCAAUAUCAAACAGAGGGGGUGCGUUUUGUGCCACAAGUAGCCAGGUGGUUCAAUGGACUAAGAUCCAGGCCUAGAGAUGGGAGGUCCUGGGUUCAAAUGGAGCCUCAGACACUUCCUAACUAGGUGACCCUGGGCAAGUCACUUGACCCCCACUGCCUAGCCCAGACCGUUCUUUUGCCUUCCAAGUCAGGUUAGGGUUGUUUUGUUUUGUUUUUUAAAUAAAGAUUUUUUAAAAAUAAAA